AUGUAUUAAUUCGCAUUGUGGUGCACUGUUUUUGUAAAAAGUCAGCAAACUAAAUUUAGCGUCUUGCGUUCGCAAAAAAUAAAGUGAUAUAGGAUAUAUAAGUGAUUUCUACAAAUGGAUGAUAGUAAAACGAUGGUGGGCACAAUGGUAGAAAAUAUAAAACAAGAACUAAAUGGUGGUUUCUCGAGUACUGAAAGUACGAAAACAAGCGUUAUACGGAUUUUGGAUCAGAUCAAGCGGUUUCAGGAGCGCGUACGUAAACACAUUGAGGAUAACUAUGUAGACUUUAUGCCAAAUCACACCACCUCGGACAUGUACAUUGACGAAGGAGAGACUUUAUUGCGUGAAACAGAACAUUUAUUGAAAAAUAUUGGAAGCGAUGCAAGACUGGCAUUGACCGAAGCCAACGCUGAAUUGACGCACUGUGUGGAUGAGCUACGUGAAGUAUCUUUAGGUCUACGUGUUUCUUAUCGCAUCUUAAAGAUCGAUGAUUUAUUUCAAUGUGUUGAAGAAGCCAAUGCAACCAAAGAUUACUUGAUUGUUCUAGAUCUAUUGGGAAAACUAAAAUGUUUGAUUUGUAGUGAAUCAGCUUCUGAAGUCGAUCGAUUGUUUCAAAAGUGCGAUUGUUACGACACCAUUAAAGUGAAGUAUCAUAUUCAAGCCAAUAUAUUGCAGCAAAACUUGCAGCAAAGAUUUGAUCGUCUUGUUCAGUUUUCGGAGAAAACGUUCCCGUCUGCCAAAAAUGUUACGCUUCAAGUAUCAAAAGAUGUUACUCAAUUGCAGGAUACUGUUAUGGCUCUAUUCCAGGCUCGUUACAAUCCUAUGAAAAUAUGUGAUUUCUUAUUGGACAAUUGCUUGGUACCGAUGGUAACAAAACCUGUUUCUGUGGAAUAUUCGACAGAUAAUGCUGAAUAUUCACAACUCAAUAUAUCGUAUUCCCUAAAGGAGUUGGGAAGAAGCUUAAGGCCUUCAUACAAACAAGUAUUUAUACAUAUCAAAUCGCUAUUAGAUUGUUUGGCCAAUAUAAAUGUUAAUGUGUCGGCGGAUCAACAUGUGUUUACAAUAAUUGGAAGUCACAUUAAAGAACGACUACUAAAGCUCAUUGUUAACGAGUGUCUGACAUAUGCAGUACCAGAAACCAUGGACGAUUUUCAGGAGUCAACAUUGGUCGAUGAUGUUUUACGUUUCGAACAAACAUUGGCAGAUGCUUUUUUUAUUGAUCCCGAGACAGACCGUGCUCUAGCGGAGUUUACGCAUAAAUUUGAUUCAUUUUUCAGGCAACGUUUCAGUAAGAAAGUUUUAGAAAGCGCACGUGAAAUAAUGCAGAAAGAUCUGCAAGACAUGGCUACCAUAGCUGAAGGCAACACACCCGAGGAGGUGGCCAAAAAUCCAUUUUUAUUUCCUCAGUGCAUGAUAUCGAAAAGUACUUUGGAACUAGUAAAGUUGAUGGAGCGUAUAUUACGCCAACCAAUGGACACAUCCGCUAGUAUUGAGAGUGAGGAAACAAAUAGUUUUCUAGCUGUAAUUCCAAUUAUUCUAAACACCUACGUGAACUAUGUUCCUAAAAUACACGAAAAGUUACUCGAAAGUAUUCCCCAACAAGCGGUACUAUUCCAUAAUAACUGCAUGUUUUUGGCGCAUUGGGUUGCGAAAAAUGCUGAAACUGACAUACCUACACAUCCGGCAUUGGUGAAAACUCUGCAGGCCACUGGAGCCAGUAGUUUCAAGGCUCAAGUCUUGCAUCAGCAAAAAAUACUUAUGCAAAUAUUGAAGGAGUUUGAUCUCUCAGACACUCAUUCAAUUGGUUCGGCACCAUUGAAAUUACUACGCCAAUGUUUGCGACAAAUGGACUUGCUGAAAAAUGUUUGGUUGAAUGUUUUACCUGACGCCAUUUAUAACACAACAUUCUGUAAUUUGUUAAAUGAUUUUUGUCAAGACAUAAUGAAGCGUAUACUCUCACUUGAAGAUAUUUCUGCGACAGUUGCCAGUGAAUUAAGUGAACUCAUCGAGGUGAUUUUGGAUAAAGCGCCUGGUCUAUUUAAGGAUAAACAUGAAAUUUUACGCGUAUCUUGUUGGAUGAAACUACAACAAUUGAAAAUGAUUCUUAAUGCAUCAUUACAAGAAAUUACGGAGCAAUGGUGUGAUGGUGCUGGUAUUUUGACCGCCAAUUAUAAAGCAGAAGAAGUUCGUCAUUUAAUAAGAGCUCUAUUCCAAAAUACAGAUCGUCGUGCUAAAGCAUUAUCUAGAAUAGUUUAGUUAAGUCUAGUAUUUACAUUUUUUAUUUCGUCAUAUAUUAUUUGAUAUAUAAAAAUACAUUUCAAUACUUUA